AUGAUGCAUCUACAACCGACCCACGUGAGGAUAAUGACAAUAGCAAUGAUAGAUAACAGGGAAAAAGCAUUCAAUGCUAAAGUUGAAGAUUAUAAAAAUGGUUUGUCGUUAUCAAUGAGAGAAAAAUCAAUGAUAUCAUAUCUGUAUGCUAGUAGAAUUAUUAAUGCGUUAAAACAUGAAACAGCUGGAAAGAAAGUUGGAAUAGAUUGUAAAUUUCAUUGCUUGUGUCGCCACUUUCUUACAAUUGAUAUUAGUUCUGGGGUCGAAAAGUUAUGUUCGGCUAAACAUGGUAAAAAGUUGGUGAUUUCGGAAGCAUAUUAUCAAGUUUUACAAGAUGUUCAUAUAAGAACUGGUCAUGGUGGUCGAGAUAAAAUGCGGCAUGAAAUAAAUCAGUAUUAUUUUUGGAUACCACCAAAAGUUGUUGAUAUUUUUUUAUCGACAUGUAUUGCAUGCCAAGUAUGGAAACCCUUAAAAAAUCAUAUUGUAUCAACAUCAAUCGUUUCCAUUGGUUUUCUAACAAGAUUAGAAAUAGAUCUUAUUGAUUUACGUACAAGACCCGAUGGUGAUUACAAAUGGAUUCUACAUUGUCGAGACCAUUUUAGUAAAUUCUCUUGA